AGAGACAGCUGCCCUGGAGAAGGGGGCACAGGGAUUUCAGGAGGCGAUGGGGAGGGUUAGGCUGGGAGGCUGGGAGUCAGGGUGAGAAGGACUGAGACCCACACUGUGUGACCUGGUGCCUCACCUCACCCUGGGUUAGUGGCCCAUCUGGGAGCAGGCGGGGUCUGCAGACCUCAAGUCUCGGGGACCUGCCAGGAGACACCCCCUGUUCUCCCCCAGCAGAUGCUUCUGUGAAGGACCUGCAGCCUGGGGAGAGCAUGGAGCUGGACCCUCGGACCAGGCAGGAUGGCGGCCCUCAGGGAGUGACGUAUGCCCAGGUGAACCGCUCAAGACCAAGACCUGCACUGGGAAUGGCCACCUCUCCUUCCUCCCCUUGUGGGGGGUGGCUGGACCAGAAGGGCAGACAAGCAGAAGAGGACACUCAGGCUGCUCCACCCAAUGGCCCCCAGGAUGUGACCUAUGCUCAGCUGAACCUCUUGGCCCUUAGACGGCAGACAAGUGCAUCCCCUUCCUCCUCAUCAGAGGAGCCCCCAGAAGAGCCCAGCUUGUACGCUGCUCUAGCCUUCCACUAGCCCAGGAAGGACCCAGACCCCACAGUCCAGGGAGGGGGCCUGAAGGGACCCCAGAGGCCAUGGGUACUUACCCCAUGGACACUCAGCUGGUGACCCCAGCCAGCCUGGAGACCAGAUGUGGACCCCCAGCAGCUCCUGGGACCCUCUGAGAGUCACCUGGU